AUGUCUAUCGAGAGCCGGCCGUUUUCGAAGAAUUACAGUGGCCUUGUCAAUCAGUCCGUAGUCGGUGUCGGUCUUCUGGUAGUAUGCGUUUCAGCCCACGAGUUCAUGAAGAGGAAGCGGAGGGGUAAUCACCGGGGAGAGGAAGGAUUGGGUAGUGUGGAAUCUUGGGAAUUCGGAUACCUAUACCAAGGCCGUUCCUGGGCAAAGCGACCGUCUCCUCCACACCCCCGAGGAUGGCCCUUAUCCUGGGUGAAAGAGGUCCUGCUAUUCCCUGACAACAAGGUGAAUGAACUGAGAGGCGUGGACGCAAGUGUAUAUCUGCGCUGGCUGAAGGGCUGCUGGUGGUUCCUGUUACUCCACGUACUCACAACGUUCCUCAUCCUCUUCCCCGUGCAUGUCAAACUUGCCCCUUCAUACGUCUCGCCGAAGUCCAUGACUCGUGCCUCCAUAACCUCUCUAGUAGGCUCUGAGAAAGGCGACUCGCUGCUAUGGAUCCAUAUCUGCCUGCUCUUUUGGGUUACACUGACUUGGAUGGGUACACUCUUCUGGAUCACGCGCGGUGCUUAUCGGUUUCGGGCCCAGAAGAUACAGGCGACUGCCGACCGCGUGGCUUCCGAAACUGAGGUGGAGAAGGAGUCACAAUGGUGUCCUCACCCUCAUCCGCAGUUCCCAUUCCAGGCGUUGCCCUCCCUCGACCACGAAAAUUGGAGUCGGGGACUACGACUGCGAACUGUAAUGGUCACGAAUGUUCCGCCACAGCUGCGUUCAGAGAAGGAAUUGAAAGAUUAUUUCCAGUAUUAUCUUUCAAGACCUCUUGACAUGCCUUCAAUGGGUUUGACGUCAUCAACGCCUCCCGGUUUCUGGAACAAGAUUUUGGCGUUUUUAUUCAAUCGCGCUAAGACUAUCCCUUCUAAGUUACCUCUCCCUAUGACGUUCAGUCGCACGGAAGCUCAAGACUUUGCUGCGGCUACCGAGGCCGGCAGAGAUGCGAGCAGUUGCACUGAUGGGCUCGAGCGACCGUCGAUAGAUCGAGUUGUCAUAGCUAGGAAGAUGACGGAACUUGCAUCCCUCCUAGAACGACGAGAAGAAGUGCUAAAACGCUUGGAAACGGCGCACAUCAAGCUGGCGAAGAAGGCAUUGACGGAGGUCAAGGCAGCAAUGGACCUCGAGGACGCUGCUGGAAAACCUAGAAAACGCUCCAUGGAUAAACUGACCAGCAGUCCAGUCUCUGAUGUAGACGUGGAACGGGGGGACCACGCUCGCGAAGCCUCAGUGGAGGGCGAGGAUCGUACGGACCUGCUCAUCCGAACGCUGGGGCCGUUCGUGCAAGAAUUCGGGCUACGAAAGCAAUCCAGAUUUGGACGUCGUAAACUUCAGAAGGUUGCCGACCCUCACUCUGGGAAGGACACGGCGGUCGAGAUGGAGUGCCCAAAGCAAGCUCGCGACGACAAAACGAUAUGGGAAGCGUUACUAAGUUUACCUCGAAGCACACUUGAUGCCUUUCAGCCUCUCAUCCACUUGUCUGCGUUGUUUCGGGGCAAGACUGUGCCCUCCAUCGACUACUAUACUGCCAAGCUUGGAUUGUUAACCGCCCUUAUAACGGAAAACCGAGCCCGGGCCGUCUCUGACUAUGACCCCUGCUCGACAGCUUUUGUAACUUUUACCAACCCCGAUGACGCAAGGAGAGCUUGCAAGUACCUAGCCGUUCAUCCCGACAACCCACUGGCGUGUCUUGUGACAAUGGCACCCAGCUACGAAGAUAUUGACUGGAUCAGGCUCAUGAAGUCAACGUUCAGGGCAGAGUUCCUAAAAGAUUGGAUUGUGGACGUCGGCGUUUGGACGUUUACGAUCUUCUGGCUUAUCCCAGUUUCCUUCUUCGUUACCCUGGUAUCUAUUCAGAACGUUCAAACGUAUUGGCCGUGGCUGAAUCGCUACCUGAGCCAUCAUCCAUGGGAGCAAGAAGUGCUGCAAUCAUUCGUGCCGACUGUGUUCAUAUCUCUCCUGACUAUAACCGUACCUUUGAUUCUCCUCCUGAUUGCGAAGAAAGCCCAUACGAUCAUCACGUUGUCCGCUCUCCACGACAAGAUUAUGACCCGCUACUACAAGUUUCUGAUCGUCAACGUACUAGUCUUCUUCUGCCUUGGCACCUUUGUCCUGCAGUCCUUCUUAAUCAACUUCACUGAGACAGCUGGCGGCUUAAUCAACACUGUUGCAGGGAGUUUCCCGGCUGCUGGCCCUUUCUACGUUGGUUGGCUGAUCUUUACUACUGCGAUGCAUGGAGGGGUGGAACUAGCUCUGCUCGGCCUCCCACUCAUCAUGUAUCCGAGCACCCGACGUCAGGUAACACCACGCAAACGGGCAGUUGGUAUCCGACCCCGAACUUUCAACUAUUAUUAUUGGCUCCCGAAUCAUCUGCUUGUUAUACAUAUUCUCCUCCUUUUUGCUGUCUUACAACCGCUUGUUUUGCCCUUUGGGCUUCUGUACUUCUGCGUGGAAGUCGCUGUUAUUAGAAACCAACUGAUUCAUGUCUAUGCAAGAAAUUACGAAGGCAAUGGCCAAACGAUGCUCAUACGAAUGAUUAGGUACUCCUUGGAUGGAUUAAUAUUUGCACAGGCUGUCUUCAUGGCAUAUAUGACUGUAUUGAAGAAGCACGUGAACAUCGGGCUGGCCGCGUUUUUGAUAGUUUUCACUGUCAUCGUGAAACUCGUCGCUACUCGCUUAGUAAGAGCCCGGUUUGAAUACGAUGACGUACUCGAGGCAAGGAUCCUCUGCGGAACCGGAGAGACUGUCCCUCUCCCAGAUAGUCCCUCGACGUCGUCUCUUGGCACGCCGGAUCCCGAAGCCCCAGUUCGAGGUCCCUCCGAACCUUUUAACAACCAUCAAGAUUCGCACAUAUGGUCCUGGAAGUUACCGAUGAAGUUCAACUUCUCCUAUGCCACUGUUCCUAGCCGGCCACGGCGCGCAGCACGACAUCAACCAAAUCCUUUCGGGCCUCAUCAGCGUCCAUUCAGCCGCCUUCACUCGUUUGAUAUCUCACAGAAACGAGAGCACCAGCGACGUGAUGUGAGUCCGACAACUGCCGAGCGGGCAUCGAUGUCGAUGCCCGCACUAGAAAGGACUACAUCUCCGCUCGAGGAAGAAACGCCCGCGAUUAUUCCGGAUACAUCCAGCCACGCGCUUGUGACAAGGCAUCCACCACACCCUACAUGGGAUGACGAGUCGAAUCCUGACCAUCCAUACGAUAACCCUUACUAUACACAACCCAUCCGAAAUGUCCUCUGGCUGCCCCGAAACCCUGUGGGGAUCCUGGACUUGGACGAUACUGUCGAUGUUCACAGAGCCCUCACGAGUGAGCCGGGAGUUGAUCAGUUGGGCGAAUGGCCGACAGAGCAAGCGGCGACUAUCGCCACGGGCCUUUCAGGCCUGGGAUUGUCGACUAUCACCAGCUUUUCUAAUCCUGACCUGGAUGGAAUGUCCCUCUCCCCAUCCAGAAGAUUUACGGGUGACGAGAGUAUCAGUCUGAGAACUGGGCUAGCGAGUCGUGUAGAAGCAAUUGAGAAGGAGGAAGACGUGGAGAUUGCUGUCGAUCCCCAAGCACAUUCUCGGUUCGCCCGGCGGAGAACUGGGAGCGACCACCGUACUCCUUCAUCAGCCAGUCGGCAAGGUUCGUUGGGAUUAGGCAGGCCCAGUACCUUUGCAGGGAUGCGUUCGUUUUCUUCGGCAUCAGGGUCCAGGCAUCCGCCACAGAGGCGCGCUUCAUCAGUGCUAUCCACUGCUGAUCCGCGUCUUCAUCCUCGCUCUGCGUCCAUGAGCCAGGACAUCGAUGCCAGACCAGAUUUCCAUGCCCAAGCCGAAUUUGCGAAGUCCACAUUAUCCAUGGUGUCCUCAUCUCCUCGUCUGAUGAGCGGUGAUAGACUGCCCAUUGGUUCAUCCGCUAUCUCGACCCAAGAAGCGGUGCUGCAUGAAGUUAUUAAAGAAGAACAAGAAGCCGCUGAAGACCGGCUACGGCGAGAGCAGGAGGAAGCACAGGCAAGCGCGAAGGCCGGUAGUGUAUGGUGGACUGCUUGGAUGUUCAGGAGGGCACGGUGACUGUUCUCACCUCGCGGAGACCAUUCCUUUCUUUUCUUCCUUUUCAGGAGCUUUCGAUGUUCUUCUUGGUCAUACCCGUGCAUUAGUAAUUUAUCUGUGGAGCGUACGUGUAUACCAUAAUUCGACAUUCAUCAUUAUUCAAGGCACUAGCUCGUCAUCGAAUGACCGGGGUUUCCCUAGUCAUAGUUCCAUGGAAUAUCGCGAAGCGAGUGCAUGUUCAUGGGAGUAAUACACACGCAGACACUUCGAAGGAGAUGUCUGAGCCGGACGUGACAUGAACAUACUAAUCCCUUUACGGGAGGAGUGGCUCGAAGAAUCAGAGUAUGUUGUGUGGAGGAAUUCAACGUGUUCUGUAAACCAAUACCCAUUGACUUGCAGUCUCCUGGGUUUCCGCAGAUGAAUCAGAUGCUAGCCGGGCCAUUCGUACGGUCCGCGAUAAUUUCACUGCCGGGUGAUUGGCGGUCCCCGUUGCAGAGAGCACAACUCCCUAUUGAGUUGCUGCAUUCCUUGCAAGACUC